CCGCGAGGUGGCGCCGACACACACAAGAUGGCGGCAGACGCGGCAGGAGCCGACGGGCGCCCCUGACAACCAGCCGCCAUGUUGGUGAGGGCGGCGGCCGGCCUGCCCGGGCUGCGGCGGCUGUGGGGGCGCGGUGGGAGCGGGGACGGCGCCUGGCGUUGUUUCCCGCUGAGCCGGGCGCUGCUGAGCGUGCGGGGCGCCGAGGCGGCCGUUUUCCUGCAGGGGCUGCUCACCAACGACGUCACGCGGUUGGUGGCGGUGGGGGAGGGCCCCGCGGGGCCGCCGCGCGCGCUGUACGCGCAUGCGCUCAACGUGCAGGGCCGCUGCCUGUACGACCUCCUCGUGUACAGGCUUCACGAGAGUCAAGAAGAAGAGCCACACAUCCUCCUGGAGUGUGACAGCAGCGUGCUGGACGCCGUACAGAAACAUCUGAAGUUGUACAAGAUCCGGAGGAAAGUCAGCAUCAGCCCUUGCCUGGACCUCGCAUUGUGGGCCGUCGUCCCUGGGGAGCAGGCCGGGGACAUCAGCAGCUCCCUCGCACAAUGUGCAGAGCGGGCUCUGGUUUUAACUCCUGACCCCAGGGCAGAAGUCAUGGGCUGGAGACUGAUUGUGAAGGCGGGAGCAGAUCUACCAGAGGUUAUCCCUGGAAGCCGUGUUGAAAACAUUCAGGAUUACCACAGGCACAGGUAUAAGCAAGGAAUUCCUGAAGGUGUGAAAGAUCUCCCUCCCGGAGUAGCCCUUCCACUGGAAUCCAACCUGGCCUACAUGAACGGCGUCAGCUUUACCAAAGGCUGUUACAUCGGGCAGGAGCUAACAGCCAGGACCCACCACAUGGGUGUCAUUCGCAAGCGUUUGGUGCCUGUGCGGUUUUCAGUUCCUCUUCCUCAGGAGAGCGUUCCUGAGGGUGCUGAAAUCUUGACUGAAACAGGAAAGGCAGCUGGCAAGUUCCGGGCUGGAGGAGAUGAACUUGGCAUAGCUUUGCUGAGGCUGGCUAAUAUAAAUGAACCACUCUGCCUAAAUGUAGCAGGUGAUAAAGUGAAGCUCACUGCAAGUAUACCUGAGUGGUGGCCGAAAACUGCCAGCAAGUAAAUGAGGAACCACCACUUGCACAUUUGCCUUAUUGAGAAUGUAUUUUGUGUGACAGGGUUGGGAAGGUGACUCAGCUGUUGUCUGUGGUGUUGAUGAAGGUGUAUUAGCUGAGUUCUGCAAGAUGGGCUUAAACUGCAGGAGUGCCAACCAGCAGCAGGUUGCUGUUACACGUUGUGGAGACACCUUUACAAGGCAGGAUAUGCUGGAAGCAGCCCCGCUUUUGUUUAGGGGAUGUCAGGUGCUGCUGGGUUUGACUCCGGCUGAGUUUCACUGCUGUGUGCACUGAAAUCUUCUGUUCAUGGUGUCCCAGCUGUGGUAUCGUGUUCUUUUAUUGGAGAGCAUGCUGAGUUUACCUUCAGUAGGUUAUAUUGUUGCUAUCUGAACUCAGGCUGAAGUGUUCAUUGCAAAAUAUUUGAUGCAUUGAGCUUCUGAUU